UCGAAUAACGUCAUAAUGAUAUACUUCAAUAAUAUAAAGUCAAUAAUUUCACCAUCAUCGAAAUCACUGCAAUCCUUCUACAGACAUUUAACAGACGAAAAUCGCAUAUUCACCAAUAUCUAUGGAAAGCACGACUGGAGACUCAAGGGAGCCAUUGGAAGAGGGGAUUGGUACAAAACGAAAAACAUCAUAGACAAAGGAAAAGACUGGGUGCUAGAAGACAUGAAGAUAUCCGAACUGAGAGGUAGAGGUGGAGCAGGUUUUCCAGUUUGGUUGAAAUGGUCUUUUAUGAACAAACCUCAAGACGGCAGGCCCAGAUUUCUGGUCGUUAACGCCGAUGAAGGAGAACCUGGAACUUGCAAAGAUCGUGAAAUAAUGCGUCAUGAACCACACAAAAUAAUAGAAGGUUGCGUGAUUGCCGGAUUGACGAUUAAAGCGAAGGCAGCCUAUAUAUACAUUAGAGGAGAAUUUUAUAACGAGGCUUGCAAUAUGCAGUUUGCUUUGGCAGAAGCUUACCAAGCUGGAUUCGUAGGCAGAAACGCAUGCAAUACCGGCUUUGAUUUUGAUAUUUUCCUCCAUCGAGGUGCUGGAGCUUAUAUUUGUGGGGAGGAAAGUGCACUCAUAGAGUCUCUGGAAGGAAAACAAGGCAAACCGAGACUCAAACCUCCAUUUCCUGCAGACAUCGGAGCAUUUGGAUGUCCGACUAUUGUCAACAAUAUUGAAUCUAUUGCAGUUUCUCCCACUAUUCUACGAAGAGGCGGAAAAUGGUUCUCGACUUUGGGAAGACCAAAGAACACUGGAACGAAAUUGUUCAAUAUAUCAGGUCAAGUGAACAAACCUUGCACCGUUGAAGAGGAAAUGGGUAUAAAUAUCCGAGAAAUUAUAGAAAAUCACGCAGGGGGCGUUAGUGGUGGUUGGACAAAUCUCCUUGGUAUCAUACCAGGAGGCUCUUCAACGCCGAUAUUGAAACCAGAAGCUUGCGAGAAGCUCAAAUUGGAUUACGACGGAUGUAUGCAAGCUGGAUCAUCCUUUGGUACAGGAGGAGUAAUUGUGAUCGGAAAGGAUAAAGAUGUCAUUAAAGCGAUCGCCAAUUUGAGUCAUUUCUACAAACACGAAUCAUGCGGUCAGUGCACUCCUUGUAGAGAAGGUACGAAUUGGAUGAUGAAAGUCAUGAAUAGGUUCGUUACCGGACAAGCAAUUCCUGAUGAGAUAGAUUUCUUGGAUGAGUUGUCGAGACAAAUCGAAGGGCAUACUAUAUGUGCUUUGGGAGAUGCAGCCGCUUGGCCUGUUCAAGCUUUGAUAAAAAAUUUUCGGCCGGAAAUCGAGAAGAGAAUGAAGAAUUUCAAAUCCAAAUGAAUUGUUCUGUAUCUUGACCAUUCAUGAAAGAACAAUAAUAGAAUAUAAUUACUCAGACUA